CUCUCUCUCUCUCUUUCUCUCUCCUCGCCACUGACUUUGCUCUGAUUACAGAACUAUUUCAAACUUCAUCGCUUCCAAAGCUCAAAUCUUUUUUUUUUCCCUUUCAUAGGCGUUGAGACUGGAAAAAUCUUUUUCAGAUUAACGUGUUUUAUUUUGGUCUCGAUUGUCUUUUCUCUCCCAGAGAAAACAAAAAAAAAAAUCGCUACUUUAGAUUCUUUCCUUAAGUUUCUUGGCGCGGCUUCGAUUUCCCGUUUCUCGGUUUUUAUCUUCCGUUUCAGAAAACCGAUAAUUUUCAUACCGGAAAGAUCAGGUGGUGAAUCCUGAUUUAGUCUUUGUGGCUCUAUAAAGAAAGAAGAUGCAAAAUGGUUGCUAAGAAGGGACGUAAGGAUUCUUCAGGUUCUUCUCCGACUGUGGAGGUUGGAGAGAUAGACACAAGCGCUCCAUUUCAAUCAGUUAAAGAUGCAGUUAAUCUUUUCGGUGAAGCUGCCUUCUCAGCUGAAAAACCGCUCAUUAGAAAAGCCAGUCCUCAAUCCGCUGAGAAAGUUUUGGUGAAGCAAACAGAGCUUCACUUGGCGCAGAAAGAGUUGAACAAGUUAAAAGAACAGCUAAAGAAUGCUGAAACAAUCAGAGAGCAAGCGUUGAGUGAGCUCGAAUGGGCGAAAAGAACUGUUGAUGAGCUUACUCGGAAGCUCGAAGCGGUUAAUGAAUCCAGAGAUUCUGCGAUUAAAGUGACUGAAGCUGCUCAGAGUCGGAUCAAAGAAGUGAAACCAGGAAAUGUUUCUGUGUCUAGUAGUGAUGCUCAGGAUAUGGAGCAGUAUGGGACGGUGUGUAAGGAACUUGAUACCGCUAAGCAAGAGCUGAGAAAAAUCCGUCAGGUUUCGAAUGAGAUGUCGGAGACAAAGACUGUUGCUUUAACCAAAGUAGAGGAAGCUAAGGAAGUGACGAAAGUAAACUCUGAGAAGAUUGAGUUGCUUAGGAAGGAAAUAGCAGCUGUUAAUGAGUCAGUUGAACAGACGAAGCUUGCGUGUUCUCAAGCCCGGAAAGAACAGUCUGAGAUAUUUGCAGAGAAGGAGAUUCAGCAGCAAUCGUAUAGAGCUGGCAUGGAAGAAUCUGCCAAGAAAUUACUCGCUUUGAAGAAGGAGUUUGACCCCGAAUUCGCUAAAAAGCUUGAAGUGCAGUUGACUGAGACGUAUAACGAGAUCGACGAAUUGCAGAAGCAAAUGGAGACUGCAAAAGCAUCGGAUAUGGAUUCUGUAAAUGGUGUGAGUUUGGAGUUGAAUGAAGCAAAGGGUUUACUCGAGAAGCUUGUGGAAGAAGAGAGGUCUUUGCAAGAGUUAGUGGAAUCUCUUAAAGCAGAACUGAAGAAUGUGAAGACGGAGCACGGUGAAGUUGAAGCGAAGGAGGCUGAGAUCGAAUCUCUGGCUGGAGAUCUUCAUAUGAAGCUUAGCAAAGGUAAGAGUGAGCUAGAAGAAUGCGUUGCAGAGGAAUCUAAAGCAAAGGCUGCUUUGGAAGAUAUGAUGUUAACCUUAAAUCAGAUAUCUUCCGAGACAGAAGAUGCACGACGAGAAGCUGAGGAAAUGCGAAACAAAGCCGAAGAGUUGAGGAAGGAAGCGGAAACAGCGCAUCUCGCUCUUGAAGACACAGAGCUAAACCUGAGAGUCGCUCUAGAUGAGGUCGAAGAAGCAAAAGCUGCUGAGACAAAGGCGCUUGAACAGAUAAAGUCAGUGUCUGAAAAAACCAACGCUGCGCGUAAGUCGACUUCAUCUGAGUCUGGAGCUCAGAGCAUCACACUGUCUCAGGAGGAGUUUAAGUCGCUGAGCAAGAGAGCUGAGGUAUUCGAUAAGCUAGCGGAUAUGAAAGUGGCUGCUGCAUUGGCUCAGGUUGAAGCAGUGAGAGCUAGCGAAAACGAGACACUGAAGAAGUUGGAGACAACACAAGAGGAGAUCGAGAAGCUAAAGAGUGCAACACAGGAGGCACUGAAGAAAGCAGCUAUGGCUGAUGCUGCUAAGAAAGCGGUGGAAGGAGAACUCAGGAGGUGGCGCGAAAGAGAUCAGAAGAAAGCAGAGGAAGUGGCGUCGAGGAUUCUUGCAGAAGCCGAGGCGAAGAUGUCCGCUGAAUCAUCACCGCAACAUCACUACAAAGCUACGAAACAGAAACCAAUCCAUAAUAAGCUGGAGAAGACGAAAACUUCUGUGGUAUCUAAGAAAGUGCUUCUGCCGAAUCUGAGUGGGAUCUUUAAUAGAAAGAAAAACCAAGUGGAGUGGGGUUCUCCUUCUUAUCUUCCUGGAGAGAAACCUUUUUGAUGAUUUCUGUUUUUCAAGAUUUGAACUUUUGUUGUUGUGAACAAUCAGAAAGUUGUGUGCUUCUUUUCUGCUAAAGAAGGUUUUGUGAUUUGAGAUCAGAAGCAGUUGCAGCUUUAAAGGGUCUAAUAGUGUGAGAAACUGGUUUGUUGCUGUAAAAUUGGAUCAAAGAGAUUUAGGAUAUUGCUUUGUGUUGGCUCUUUGU